AUGUUGCGCUCGCUCAUCGAAAUCGCAUCACAUAACUUAACUCCAUUUCGUCAGCUCCUCGGACCGGUGGUGCUUCGGAAAACACCCGAAUCUCCACUUGAGAUCGCGCUGCACCCACCCGAUGCUUCGAUGGCCGAUCUCGAACCUUCUGUACGGAUCAGACCCUACGACUCUCCACUUCCAUCACGAUACGCAAAAAUGGCCGGUCUCUCUGCCGAUUACGACUACCUCUUCAAACUCUUGCUCAUCGGUGACUCUGGUGUCGGAAAGUCAUGUCUCCUCCUUCGAUUCGCGGACGAUACCUACACUGAGUCUUACAUCUCUACUAUUGGCGUUGACUUUAAGAUUCGCACCAUCGAGCUCGAAGGCAAGACCGUCAAGCUUCAAAUCUGGGACACUGCGGGACAAGAGCGAUUCCGAACCAUCACCUCUUCCUACUACCGCGGCGCACACGGUAUCAUCGUCGUCUACGACGUCACAGACAACGACACGUUCAGCAACGUCAAGCAGUGGCUCCAAGAGAUCGACCGAUACGCCUGCGAAGGCGUCAACAAGUUGCUCGUGGGUAACAAGUCAGAUCUCACCAACAAAAAGGUGGUCGAGUAUACGACCGCAAAGGAGUUCGCCGACCAGCUUCAGAUUCCGUUCCUCGAGACUUCGGCCAAGUCGGCGACCAACGUCGAGCAGGCCUUCUUGACCAUGGCGAAGCAGAUCAAGGACAGAAUGGGUUCCAGCACCGUCAACAACCAGGCUGGCGGUAAGAGCACACUCAAGGUCGGUCAGGGCCAGAACGUCUCGCAGCAGGCAAACGGUGGAUGCUGUUGA